AUGACGUCACGCGCCGCCGCCGUGGCUCCUCCCCCUUCUCUGCGGCUUCCUGCAUUGCCGGAGUCCGGCCGCAGGAGGAGGUGUCGAGCGGUCUGUUUUUUCUUUGCAGUUUGCCUUUUGUUUUUUUUCUUUGGGAACAGCGGUUGUUUAAAAGCCUGUGGAACCUGGAAAGGAGCCGCCACUCCCUUCUCUCUCUCCUCCGAGUUUUUGAGUCCGAGAUGGACAAAGUGUGUGCUGUUUUCGGAGGCUCCCGAGGCAUUGGCAGGGCCGUGGCCCAGUUAAUGGCCCGGAAAGGCUACCGACUGGCGGUCAUUGCCAGAAACCUGGAAGGGGCCAAAGCCGCCGCCGGUGACCUCGGCGGAGAUCAUUUGGCAUUUAGCUGUGAUGUUGCUAAAGAACAUGAUGUUCAAAAUACAUUUGAAGAGAUGGAGAAACACUUAGGUCGAGUAAAUUUCUUGGUAAAUGCAGCUGGUAUUAACAGGGAUAGUCUUUUAGUAAGAACAAAAACCGAAGAUAUGGUAUCUCAGCUUCAUACCAACCUCUUGGGUUCCAUGCUGACCUGUAAAGCUGCCGUGAGGACUAUGAUUCAACAACAGGGAGGGUCUAUAGUUAAUGUAGGAAGCAUUGUUGGCUUAAAAGGCAAUUCUGGCCAGUCUGUUUAUGGUGCCAGUAAAGGAGGAUUAGUUGGAUUUUCGCGUGCUCUUGCUAAAGAGGUAGCAAGAAAGAAAAUUAGAGUGAAUGUAGUUGCACCAGGAUUUGUACACACAGAUAUGACGAAACACUUGAAAGAAGAACAUUUAAAGAAAAAUAUUCCCCUUGGAAGGUUUGGAGAAACACUUGAGGUGGCACAUGCGGUUGUAUUUCUUUUAGAAUCGCCAUAUAUUACAGGGCAUGUUCUGGUAGUGGAUGGGGGAUUACAACUCAUGUUGUAAUUUACAGAUUAUUCAAUUCUAGGGGUGGUUAGCGUCAAGGGCACACUUUGGCUACCGAUUAGAUAAUUAUACGUACAUGGGUAACAUUUGCUAAUCAAACUUGCUGAUGCUACAAAUGUUAAUUUCUGUCUUUAUAAAAAUAUGUCUGAAAAGAACAAUGUGUGACAAAUUAUGGGUUGGUUUUUUUUUUGAUCUAAGUUAACAGCAGUGUUGUUUUGUUUAAAAAGCCUUCAUGAUAUACAAUUCACAUACCGUAUAAAUCUCACAUUUAAAAUAUAUAAUUCAGUGGUUUUUAGCAUAUUUAAAUAUAUGUGCAACCAUCCCCCCAGACAAAUUGUGUUUUCUAAAGGGUAUGUAUCACUUAUCUUUGGUUACCUUAUAGACUGUAGCAAUCUUAAUGUAUAGACAUUUUGCAAGUCAUAUAAACAAGUAUUGAUUUAUGUAUUUUGCCUCAAAAGUGAAAAAUUGUAUUGUCUAAUUAUGAUGAAUUAUUUUAUUGUAUCAAGCUGAAUUUUCUAAAAGUUAACCUUGUGGGUUAUUGCCAAAAUUAGAGUAUUUAGAGGACAGUGACUAGUUGUCAAUACUUAAGCAAGCCCACUUAAUAUGUUCCUUUUGUAUGUGCUUGGGUGAUCAGUUUUUAUAUGGGUUGCAAAACAUAGUGUUUAUUAAAUAAAGUCAUGAAUUCAGAAUUGAUUUCUUUGGGUGGUAUUUCUCUCGAUUGAGCAGCUGGACAAAAUAAUCUACAAAUUUAAAUGUGGUGCAUUUGACCCAUUCUUGAGAAAUUCUCAUAAGCAAUGAGGAUUAACCCUUAGCUUAAGGUUUUUAAUAUCUGAUACAGUAGCGAGCUGCCUAGAUCUCAUGAACUUAUGAUGUGUUUUUUUAUUCACAAAAAAAAUUUAAAAACAGAAGAAAUGUAACAUUAAAAAAAUUGAAUAUUUUGCAUUAGUGAUUAUAAUGAUUCUUACCCCAAAAUUCUAGAAAUAAACAAAUUCUGUAUGAAUAACCAUAAAUUAUAAAUAAAUAUGCAAUAACAAUAAAUGUCUUUACAAGAAACAGUUAAAGCACUGGUCUUAAGUGAGAAUAUUUGCCUGGGAGUAGAGAUAAAGACACAAACUGAAUAUAAAAUAUUAGGCAGUGAUUAUUUUACAUUGAACUCUUUUAUGGGCAAUAAUAGUGUAUUUUUAGUGUCACUCCAUUCAUGUUGAUUUAGAGCUGACAAUUACUUUGUGUAAGCAGAGAUUUCAUUUUAUAUUGAAAGUCAGUGCAAAAUUAUGAAUAGGAUAUACUAAUACAAAGUAAUAUAAGUCAAAGCAAUGUUCUAAAUCAAGAUUCUGGGUUCCUUAAAAAUUAUUUUAAAUUCAUCUUUGAAAUAGUUUACUUAAUCUACUCAGGAUAUGAGAAAGUCAAUUAAGUGUGAGUAAAGUUAGGAUCAUUAUACAUAUUGUCUAUUAAAUGCAAGAUAUGGUGAUAUACAGAAUUUGUCAGGCAUUACCAAGUCUGGGCAUAUACAGGAAAUGCAGCACUCAGGAUGAUUUUAAAUCAUCUGUCUAAUGCUGUCUUACCUGCUGGCCUUGACUACCUGUACUUCUCCAUUAUGCAGCCCAUUCAGGUUUGAGUUUUCUUCUCUGGACACCUCAUGCUCUGAAAUCAUGAGUAAGGCUGAUUCAGUUGGUGAUUUGGGUAGAAAGCAGUGUGUUUUGCUGACAUUAAGAUGUAGGUUAUAGAUAGGUUUAGCCUUUAAGUAUAUGUUUUUAUACUUUAAAAUAAGAAGUAUAACCUUUUAAGCUAUUCCACCUCCUCCCCCAGCCUACCUCAAAGUGGUGGCAUAUAUGGAGAGAUCUUGAAAUGGGUAAAAUAAACCCUCACUGCUCUACUCCAGGUGAAUCUGCCCACUUCCACUAACGUAGUAGAAUUUGUAAUUUAAUACUUACAUUCUAUUUCUGAAAUCAGUUGUGAACUGUUGCCUUAUGUUCAGAGGUUCAAGAGCCUUAAUGAAUUCAUUUUUAAAAAUCUGCUAUUACGAGAAGCACUGAAUGAAUUCUUAACAAGAAGACACAUCUGUAGCUGUUUGCUGACUCUUAUGAGCUCUUAAAGUUUCUCUGCUUAGCAUUAACAAAAUAAGGUUUAUAGGUAAAGCCAAUGUAUUAAUUUUUUUGCUUAGAGGCUUUAAAAUUUGUUCUCUUUUUUAUAUUUAUAUUCAAUUUAUGGUUUAUGACUGCUUUUUAGGGAGAUACUUCUAUAUUAUCAAAUAGUUUUGGGGGGAAUAAUUAUGCAAAGAGGAUAAUUUGCAUGAUUUUGUUAUUCAGAAUAAAGAGCAAAGACUAUGCUACAUAUUCAAGAGUUAUGCUUACAUUGCUGAAGAAUUUUUUUCUAAAAUUUCAAAAGAAAUAUGUGUAAAUUGAGAAAUCAUACCACUGCCCUAACUUGAUAAACAUACUGUUCUUAAAUAAAGUAUGUAAUGAUUUUAAA